GUGCCCGUACUUAUCCGCAGGAGCGUGGUUUUAUUAUGAUUUUUGAGCGCCAGGUGGCCGACGUUUUUGUUGUCGAUUUGCCGCUGUCGGCGGUGCGGCACGGCUCCCUCUCCCUCAGCGCCAUUACAUCGAUAAAUGUCACCGCGGCGGCCGCGAGUGUGAACGCCGUCAAGAGAGAGACCGCCGCCGAGUUUUCUCUUCGCCCGAGUUGCGACCCUCCCCCUUCUCGUCGCUCCACGCUGCCCCGGAGGAAGAACCACGACCGAGAGGAUGUCGACCAAGCGGAAGAGCGUGUCGGGCGGCAAGUCCAAGAACCGUCCCAAGUCGCGCAAAGUCGAGUACGACGAGGAGGACAUUUCGAGCGAGCACGAGUCGGAGGUCGACGACGCUGAGGCCGGCUCCAUCGCCGACGGCGAGGACGCCGUCCCCGAGGACACCCUCGCUGAUGUGUCGAAUAUACCGGAGUUGCCGGCCCCGGAGGGUGGCUGGGGCAAGCCUGGAACAUUGCUCAUGUGUGGCCUUACUAAUUGGGAAAUGGCUGGUCGUAAAGCACCGCCUAAAGGAGUAAAGGCGAAUGUAGGGCGCAGUUUGUGGACGCCACAUACCUUCAAAAACUUGAAUAAUGCAAAAAUACGGCUGAUUGCAUCUGGUCCUGCCGCUUCCCACAGCAUUAUUGUUACCGAGGACGACAAAUGUUUGGCCUUUGGCAGAAAUGAUAAAGGUCAAUUGGGCGUUGGGGAUACGAAACGUCGUGACGAGCCAACCGAGGUCGAAGCCUUAAAGGGACACACAGUCAUAGGGGCAUCAUGCGGUCGCAAUCAUACCUUAUUUUUGACAAGCCGAGGUAUAGUUUUUGCCGCUGGCGACAAUAAACUGGGUCAAUGCGGAGUCGGCAAGAAUGACCCCUGUGUUGUGACCGCCAGCAAGGUGAAGUAUUCCGGACCACCGAUAGUAAAAGUAGGAUGCGGCGCGGAGUUCUCGAUGAUCCUGGACAUCAAGGGCGGCCUGCACUCCUUCGGAUGCCCUGAGUAUGGCGCCCUGGGCCACAAUACGGACGGCAAAUAUUUUGUAACGAAUACCAAGAUGGCAUUUCAUUACGAGAAAGCGCCUAAGCGUAUUGUUUUGUAUGUCGAGAGAGGCAAGGACGGCCACGCGAUACCAUUGGAUCGCGUCGAGAUCACGGACUUUAGCUGCGGUCAUUAUCACACCGUCGCCAUCGACAGCAAGAAUCGCGCCUUCUCCUGGGGAUUCGGCGGGAUCGGCCGCCUGGGCCACAACGAGCAACGCGACGAGUUGGUACCGCGUCUGAUCAAGUUUCUAGAGCCGCCCAGUCGCGGGGUCCGCGCGGUUUAUUGCGGGAGCACGUACAGCAUCGCGAUCAACGUGCACGGAUCCGCCCUAAUGUUCGGUCAGACCAAACGCACGGGCGAGGCCAACAUGUAUCCCAAGCCCAUUCAGGAUUUAUCCGGUUGGGAGAUUCGAUGCGUCGGUUGCUCGCAAACAAGCGUCGUCGUCGCAGCCGAUGAUUCCGUUAUCGCAUGGGGCGCCAGCCCUACAUUCGGAGAAUUGGGUUUCGGUGAAAUGCGAAAGUCAUCGACGACUCCGAUGGAGGUGAAAGCUUUGGAAGGUUUAUACAUUACCGCUGUCACAUGCGGUUUAUCUCAUACGCUUAUGAUCUGCCGAGACGAUACCGAGGAAGAAAGGGCCAAGAUUAAUAAGCUGGAGGUGUACUCUGUUUAAGGUAUGAAAAGUGUAUUUCCUCGUUUGUGUAAACGAGUUUCUAUUCGCACUAUACAGAUGAUCGAAACGAAAGGAAGAGUUGUCGUUUUGAACGAGAUUCACAGCCACCAGGUGUGACCAGUUUUAACGGAGAAUGAUCCAGGAAUGAUAACAGUAGAUCGCCAGAAACGUCCAGGAAAGAUAUAUAGGAUUAGCUAUUACUCUACUUUGUACUUCCAGUUUUUACUUAACGCGCGCGAAUGAAAGUCAAUCUGUGUGUAACAUUUGAGACCCAUUCUGUUAGCAGCUCAGGAUAUAGACCAAACAAGAUAGAUGCAAAAAGAUAUAUUUUGAUACGUUGCUAUUUUAUUGAAGUUUGUCGUAAUUUUCACCAGAAAUAGUGAUCUUUAUGAAGAAGUUGGAGAAGAGAACAUUGGAAAGAGAACGUUAUAGAAUUUAGCAGUGACUGCCUUUAUUUUUAUCGAUUUGCCUUUCUUAAUCGAUUUACAUAUUCAAAUAGUUUAUAUCAUUGAUUCAUCACAGUAGUACCUGAAUCAUUACAUCUGCAGGAAUCGUUUUUACAAAUUAUGUACAAGAAUAAUCUUUGUACAUAAUAAAUGCGAGUGAGCUAUUCUCCAAGUAGAUAAUAUAAUACAAAUCUAUGUGAAUUCUACAUCUUUUAACAUGUAUUUCGUUAAAAUUUAAGGAAAAUAAUUUAAUAAUUUUUUUUAUGUGAAACGUCAUUUAUACGAAGGUACAUGUAUCAUUUAAUAUAUAUUAUAAUAAUAAUGAA